AUGGUGGCAAGCCCAAUGUCAGCCUCAAUGCGCGCACAUGACAGCUUCUCUACGAACGGAAUGGGACCAAAUGUUGCGCAGAUAUUGCAACAGAUGAACAUCAAAGGAUUCCACGACUUUCUGGUCGGGCGCCUGCUAUAUCUCUCCCAAGAAGCCCACUGGAGGCUGAAAAGCGAUCUCGACCUACGUGGUUGGCCACUGCAUCUGCGAUCGAUGGAUGACGCGAGCUGGCAGCUAGAGGCAGGCGCGCCUUGGGCGCCCGAAGACCAGAAGUCGCUCAUGGUGCUUUCGGCGCAUGGAGUGAAGGCCGAAGACAUUGCAGAGCAGUUCUUCGAGGGCCGCACUGUCGAUGAGUGCCAGGUUGAGAUCGACGCCAUCAAGGCCGGGGUACCUAUGAAUUCAAUCGAGACAGGACAAGGAGCAGCCGAUAUUGACAUCGGGGCUUCCAAGGCUGCAUCGCCCGAGACCCCGUCAACGAAAGCGAUAUUAUCCGGCCUGGCCAAGACACCGUGGAAGCCGACAUCCUUUAUAAAUCGACUUAUCGAAGUUUCUUCCGGUGCAGCAAGGGCACGCUCCGAUACGCCUCACGCAGACAGCCGCAAAGACUGGAAUCAGGCGGACCGCGAUACGGUUUGGGCGGCGGUGCAGCGAGGGAUGAGUCCACGCCAAAUCCAAGAAAAGUACCUGCCGUUCCGAUCAGAAUCCGCGAUACAGACACGAAUGACAAAAGAACGAAAGCUGAGAGGUGUGCAAGCAAUACCGACAAAAUGGUCAAACCGAGAUAACGAACUUGUCAUCAAACUUGUGGAUGAGGGACAUGACUUCGAGGACAUUGCUCCACGAUUGUCGAGAGAGAGGACGCCCAAGCAGAUCGAAGCUCGGUACCGCAAUUUGAAGAAGCAGGCUAGAGUCAGCCGAAUGAGCGUCGAAGUCAACGUCAUUGAUGAUGAUGAAGACGUAGAACUGGGAGACGAUAACAUGCAGGUGGACGCAGAUGGAGAUGAAGGCUCCGAGUACAACGACGAGAUUUCUCGGGUUGUUCAGACACCACACAAACCGAAAACUACCCGGAAGACUAUCCCCUAUAACAGCUCGGAAAAAUCACCCACAAAGAAGCCCCCCUCAUCGAUCACCUCAAUUCGCACCAAGCUCUUGAACUCCAUCGACGCCAAGUAUCUGGACUCGGACGGCAAGAAGGGGCUAAGGAAGGCACUCAACAAAACAGGUUGGCCGACGCGCUUCACUUCAGUGGAGGAGCACGACUCCCCUAUGCCCGAGAAGAAUGGACCGAAAUGGCCUACUAAAGACGUGGAGGCGCUACGGUGUAUUCGCGAGACGGCAUCUUCGAUACCCUACAAGAAACUCGAAGAGUUCUUCCCCGGUCGGUCCCAAACGGCAAUCAGGAAUAUUUACAACACAAGGGCCAAUCCGAGCCCAAACUACAGUGACCGCAAGAAAUAA